AUGUCAACUACGCUGACAUCUGAUCCAUUUUACAAAGUACAAGCUGAUAUUCAAUCAUCGUUAAAGCUGCUAACAGAUGAUCAUCAAAUAUGGAAACAAUUACUGGCUGAAACUAAUGCUACUGCUGCCACCAAACACCAAAUUAGAUGGACUACCAAAGAACUUAAAAGGGUGGUAACCAGACAUGAAGAUACAUUGAGAGAAUUGUCAGACUCUAUUGUAAUAGCUGAAAAGAAUAGGGAAAAGUAUAGAUUGACAUUGGUUGAAAUUGAAAAUAGAAAGAGAUUUGUACGUGAAUCAUUGGCACUACUUGUCACCAUAAAACAUGAUCUUUAUAGCAAUAGUAGUAAUGAAUACCACAAGAUUGAUUACUCUGACAAUCUAAAAGAAUUACUAUCCUCUUCUACUCCUCGAGGAGUAGGUCUUGAAAAGAGAAGGGCUGAUGAUCGACUACCAACCGAAGAUUAUGAAGUUCAAAUGGGUGGCCAAUAUUUCAUACAACAACGAUUAUACAAAGAACAAGAUAAAGGUUUGGAUCAACUACUCGAUAAUGCCAAGGAAUUGGGUGAAAUCACAAAGACAAUGGGUACUGAAAUUAAAUCUCAAGGAAUAAUGUUGGACAAGCUUGAUAAAAGAGCAGAUCAUUCAACAAAUACAUUGAGUGGUUUAAUGAGGAGAUUGGAUAGAUUUAUGACUUGA